GUAUCGUACAAACACCAUCAUUUUGAUAUUACCUUGGUUUUAUUUUGAUAGUUUAUUCUAUUGAUUUAAUUACGCAAUCAUCUUUCAAUGAAUUCAAAACCCGAAAUCUUACGUCCCACAAUUUGAAGGGAAAACAAGUCAUUUUCUCAACAUUUUCUUCCUAUUCUGACACCUGUGGCCUGUGUGGCAGGGUCUCUGAACAGUGAACUGCCCUACUCUGUGCAAAAUAAAUACAAAACAGAGUAAAACUGUCAAACUCAAAUGUCAAAACGUAGUCAAAUUAUUGUAUUGGUUUUGUAUUGUUGAAUAAUCUUCACAAGGAUAAAAUAUAUAAUGGCAGAAACAACGGAGAAAGUUGAGAAUGGUACCGAUGCAAGGAGAAGGGUACUAAACAUAGCCGUAUCCACGGUACUACUUGAAACUGGGUUUGACGCUGCUGACAAGAUGUCUCUAGAAACACUAACAGAAAUACUUCAAUGUUUUCUAUCAGAAGUUGGUAACUCAGCCAAGGGCUACUGCGAGCUAUCAGGAAGAGUUGAACCAGUCCUUGGAGAUGUUGUCAUGGCUCUUAUUAAUAUGGGUAUCAGUCUGAAAGGCUUGGAACAGUAUGCAGUGAGGCCAAACAGACAUGUAAUUCAGCCACUGCAGCAGGCCCCUGCUCCUCGUACACCUGCCAUGCUGUCAGCAGGAUCCAAAGCCAAACCAGCCCCACAUAUACCAUUCCACCUGCCACCGCUACCUGAUCCACAUGCAUACAUAAGGACACCUACUCACAAACAGCCAGUGACUGAAUAUGAAGCUAUAAGAGAAAAGGCAGCCACACAGAAGAGAGAUAUUGAAAGAGCCUUAACUAAAUUUCUGGCAAAAACGAGUGAGACCCACAAUCUCUUCAAUACAGAUGAUAACCAAAUGUUCCCAUUAAUAGCCUGCAAACCCACGUUCCCUGCCUACCUGCCGUGCCUGCUACCGACAGACCAAGUAUUUGAUUUUGAUGAACUAGAAUAUCACUUUCAAGUUGCAAAUAGAACUGAAGAUAUGCCAGCAGAUAAAAAAGAUCAAUCAGACAAUGAAGGUGAUAAUCCUGACGGUGAGAAUCCAAACAGUUCACAAAUGGAUCAUCAGGACACAAGUAUGGCCUCUAGUCCUGACAGAAUAAAAGCUGGUGGAUAAACGAGUUAUUUUGUACCAUAGGUUAAGAUUAAACAUGUAUGACAAUAUAUCAUUAUUUAUCUAAGAAAUA